AUGAAAAUGCAACUUGAGUUUAAUAAGAAACUUGAGAGCCUCAUCACAACAAACUCCAUUGGGAUCAACGAGCAGGUCAUUGAGCUGAAAGAUAUGGAACAAAAAUGCAAAAAUCAAUCGAGGGAGGUUAAUCUGGCAUGUGACAGCAGCAUACAUGCGAUGAAGAUUGAACUUGGCGGCGAGAUACAAAAACUUGUUAAGCAAAUCUCAAAUCUGAGCACUAAGUUAUUAGCCGAACUAAAAGCUCUAAAAACCAGAACCAAGUCGACCGAAGACUCAGUAAACCACAUUGUACAACAACUGGGUGAGAUAAAAAACCAAGUUUGCGUUUCUGAGGAAUCAUUGAUUUCUCAUAUGCAUGACGCAAGUCGCCAAGAUUCUCAAUCACAAACAGAAUCUAAUGAGCGCACGUUCGCCGAAGUUACAGCAAACAACGUUGACUUCCAGACUCUCCAUAGGACUGCAACUGAAGAAAUCAUAG